AUGGUUUUAAUAGUCUUUCAAAGUGAAUAUGCUUCAAGUUAUCGGGACUUCGUCGAAAUUAAAAUUAAAUACGAUCAUCAAUUCAAAAAUCUAAUCUUAACAACAGUGCUUUUCAAUGAAACAUCUUCUCAUCCCGCAACGGAAUGGAUGAAAACUCGCGACGGUAGAGAAAUGAUACAAUGUGAAGUUCAGUCAACUUUCACAAUGUGUUUUUGUGAAAUUGCAGAAGGAAAUUGCUGGGAUUUCAGUGAAAUUAUGGAGUCAGUAUACACUAUUUCUCGUGAUAUAUCAACAGUCCCUAAAAUCGCCUUUGUAAAAGCUGGAUAUAAUAAAAAAGCAGUCGAAAAUAUUCAAUUGAUAUUGAAUAGUUUACAUAAAAAUGCUCCGGAACUUUCGACGCAAUUGUUGAACUACAGUAUGCCAACGUCUACUUCUAAUAAAAUAUUUGAUAUGAAACACUGCAAAAAAGCGAAAGAUCCAAGUGAAGAAGAUAUUGAAAAAUUGAAAAAUCGAAGAGAAGUUGGACUGCUAAUUCGCCCUGGCAAGCACUACUGUUUCAAGUUUUUCUCUCGUAUACAUCAAGAUUUUUCUCAUGAAAAAUCCACAAUUUUUUUGAUGAUGAGAGAGAAAUUACUCGAUCAAAUCAAUACGAAUGAUGCACUCUAUUUAUGCGAUAAGAAUGAGACUUGUGAAUUUGAGAAAAUCAAAAAGAUUCUCCCUCAAAAACUGGACGAACUUCUUGAAUUCACGAAUUCGAUUUCUGAUAUUUUGAUGGAACACCCGGUGAAUUUUAAAGAAGCGAAAAGAAAGUUCAAGUUUGAUCCAAAAGACGUCUACUACAAUCAACGUUUUCGUGGAAUAGUUAUUUCUUGGAUUUUCGGUGUCGCUCUAUUGCUUCUAGUCUCAAUGAUAGGUAGAUCAGUUUGUAGUUAUGAAAUACCUGAUGAACGAACAACACUACAAGGACGUCAUUUCAAACUGAAAGAUAUCGAGAAAGAAUUGAAGAGAAAACUACUGAAAUCGAGAGGAGAAGAAUCGGAGAAAAGUUGGAGGACUGUGGAAGCGGAACGAGAAAUGCGGAGAGCUAUAAAAUUGGAUAAGAAGAGAGAAAAAAAGAGAAAAUUGGAGAAAAACAAUGUAAAAGAAUUCCCUACAUUACCAGAGAAUUCACCGCCAGGAGGGAAUGAGAGAAACAUAAAAAUUAGAAAAAAUGAUUCGGAGUUUGAACUUCAAAAUACACAAGAGGAUAUCGCUGAAUUUAUUGGAACUGCUGUUGAGGUGAGCCCUCCACUUCAACCAGCUACACCAGUUCGUCGCCGUCAUGAGAAAUCUCUGCCAAGUAGAACUGAUCAAGGAACAUUUGUUCCCAAUAUUAUAUCGGAUAACGCGGCUGCACAGAGAUCACUGAUGAAGACACAAACUGUAUCGGAUCCAGAUGUUUUAGCUACGCCGCCUACUCCUUCUACUCCUCUUUUGGGUGGACAUCAACCUUCUACUCCUCUUUUGGGUGGACAUCAACCAAAAGUUAGAAGAAUUUCUCGUCCGAAGACACCGCUUCCUCACGGACAAAAGCAGAGUAGGGCACCAUCUUCUCAAUCAAGAUGCGAUCCAUCCGACGGAAUUCCAAAAGCUAUAUCAAGAACGCCAAAAGAAAAGUCAUGGCUCCGAUUUUGGACUUGA